AAAGGCCCCGGUGAAGACGAGACCACUUAUACACACUUUGCCCCUUUACCGACAGCGUUGCCCCUUAGGAGCGAGUCUGUACUAAAUAUAUCCAAUUUUAUCGACAAAUUUGGCCUUUUGGUGCGAGUCCCGACUAAAUAUAUCCGCUUUUAUCGACAGAAUUGCCUAAAUUUAGUCUGGACUCGCACCAAAAGGCCAAAUUUGUCGAUAAAAUCGGAUAUAUUUAGUACAGACUCGCUCCUAGGGGCAACGCUGUCGGUAAGGGGCAAAGUGUGUAUAGGUGGUCUCGUUUUCACCCGGGCCUUUGGCGAUCUGUCUAUUAAUCUGUGGUAUCGAUAUCGAAGCCAUCAUUUUGACGUCGAUUUGACAUCGUUUCGACAUCGAUCGACGAAUUAUUUCUCACUGGGUAAUUCUAGAUAAACUUACAUAGCGCAUAACGUAUGCAUAUGGAAUCUGAUUGAGUUCAGAGUUUAUCUCUGUCCCUCCACGUUGGAAGGAGAAAGAUAAACUCUGAACCAGUGCAGCAAGUUCAGGUAAAAAGAGCAGACAGCUGUGUUCCGAGCAAUCAGCUGAUUGUGACAGACGCCCGAUUACACGCGGUGGGAGAUUCGAGAAAUUCUGUCGCUUCGAUUUUACACGAUUAUUCCAAUUUAGAAGAAUCUGAGGAAGAAAAAGAUAAGGAAAUCGGAAGCGCCCGCCCGGAAAGGAACGGAAUGUCCAUUUGUGAGGAAUAGCGUCGCGAUGCGACGACACUGACACGUUUCGCUAGGGUGCGUCAAGGGCUGGAUUAGGGCCACCGUUUACAUCUCAAGAUGUCGAACUGACGCUGCGUGAAAAUUUUGAAAAUUGCGAGAUUUUGACACACGACGCGAUAAUCCAAACGAUGUCUGCAAAAGUGUAUCAACCCGAUCAGGAGCUGGAAACGAAGGUUAAGAAAGAACGCUGAGCCACACGACGAAAUCUCGUUGCAGCGACGGAGCGCAUUUCGGAGAACAUGCACAUCGUCGCGAACGAGCCGUCGCUCGCGUUCUACAGGCUGCAGGAGCACGUGAGGAAGGCGCUACCGCCGAUGGUGGAGAAGCGCGUGGAGGUGCUGGCGCUGCAGCAACAGCUGGUGGGCAGAUGCUACGACGUGGAGUACGCGGUCAGCGCCGUCCGCACCAUGCACGGCGCCGGGAAGAGCUUCGAGAACACCCUGGAGUUCAUCAAGAACGCCAUAUUCUUCAAGCAGCAGCUCAAAUACGAGGAGCAGAGGCGGCACAAGAAGGACGGCAGCAGGGAUUCCGUCUACAAGAGGCUGUCGGCGCACAUCCCAACGCUUGACCACCUGCCGGACGAGAUAUCGGACGUGGUGCGGGAGACCGCGAAUCGCGUCGAGUCGAUGAUGAAUCGGCACUCGGGCGAGGCGCAACGAUCGGCCGCCACCCACAAUUAGGGGGCGCGGAGGGAGGGACACUCGGUUUUUCUGUGAUAACGGCUCGCCCGACCGCGAGUUUUACACGUGUAGACGCCGCGUAUCAUAUAUUGUUGAUAUGAAUAAACACGACGUAAACGUUCUUGCUCUUGCUCUGUCGUCACGUCGUUAUUCUAUCGUAGGCGGACGAUCUCUUGCUCUUAGUCUUUUACGGCUGAAGUUACGUCUGUCGACUCUUUUUUUUUCUUAUAUUACAUUUACAUGCACUUGGAUAAAUAUACGUUUCAGUUGAGGCUUGAAUUGAAGCUGCAUUUCAAAUGACAUCAAUGAAAACUGCAAUCUUUUUU